AUGAACAACAACUUCUAUGGAACAAUCCCACAAGAGUUGUGCCGUUUAGUAAAACUACAAAAACUUUAUCUCCGCAACAACUCAUUGGAAGGAGAAAUUCCUACAAACAUGACAAGUCUGUUGAAUCUUAAAGUCUUGUACUUGACAAGGAACAAUCUUGUUGGAAGAAUACCGAUUGGAAUUGGUUCUCUUAGGAAGCUCCAAGAUAUAAACAUUUGGACCAACAAUUUAACAGGUGAAAUUCCGCCAUCUAUAGGAAAUAUUUCAUCUCUUGUUAAUUUUAAUGCUGGUUCCAAUAAUUUAGAGGGGCAUAUUCCACAAGAAAUAUGCCACUUGAAGAAUUUGGCAACUAUAUCAAUAGGUAUAAACAAAUUGUCUGGUCAAAUUCCACUUUGUCUUUAUAAUAUAUCAUCUCUUACUCUAAUUUCUUUAAUGGCUCUCUUCCAACAAAAAUGUUCUACACUCUAUUAG